CACGCACACUCACGCAUUCACGACUAUCUCCUACCUCAUACUCCUCCAUCCCAUCCCAUCCCAUCCCACCAUUCUAGAAGCGAAAGCGGUUUCGACCAAACAGACUCGUCGUACCUAAACUCCGUCUCCAUUACAUUAUAUCCACACUAUCCUCUCCUCCAAUAACGACUCGAGUCACUAAAAUGGCACGUGAAAACGCACAGAAUGACCCUUCGGUCAUCGUUGGUUUUGCUUGCCGAGUUCCUGGGGCGAACAACCCUAGUCAACUCUGGCAAUCCAUCGUAGAACAAAGAGAUGUCCAACGGAAGAUGCCCUCGAGCAGAUUCAAUGUUGACAACUUCUACCACCCAGACGGAACCCACAAGGGAACUACAAAUGCCAAAUAUGGAUACUUCCUUGAACAAGACGUCGGUGACUUCGACGCCUCUUUCUUUGGUAUCUCCGGAAAGGAGGCCGAAGCUAUGGACCCGCAACAACGUCUUCUUCUAGAAGUCGUGUAUGAAGCAUUGGAGAACGCUGGUAUCUCUCUUGAUGAAAUCAACGGAUCAUUAACAUCCGUAUUUUGCGGUUCAUUCACCAACGACUACAACUCCAUGAUAACUAAGGAUCUGGAGUCCUAUCCCAAAUACUCAGUGACAGGUACUGGUAACGCCAUCCUCUCCAACCGAAUCUCCUACUUCUACAACCUCCACGGAACCAGUUUAACCAUUGACACUGCCUGCUCGUCAUCACUGGUUUGCUUCCACUUAGCGAACCAAUCUCUCCUCGAUGGCGAGUCAGAUAUCUCCAUCGUUGUUGGAUCUUCCCUCCACUUCGACCCCAACAUUUUCAUCACCAUGACCGAUCUCGGUAUGCUUUCCACCGACGGUCGUUGCCGUGCCUUCGAUGCCGGCGGUAGUGGAUACGUCCGUGGUGAGGGUAUCUGCGCCGUCAUAUUGAAGCGUCAAAGCGUUGCCCGCGAUAACGGUGACGCGAUCCGCGCCAUUGUCCGUGCCACUGGUUCCAACCACGAUGGCCGAAAGCAGGGUAUCACCCUGCCCAACUCUGUUGCCCAGGAGGAGCUCAUCCGCUCCACCUACCGCACUCACAAGUUGAACCCUGAUGACACCCAGUACUUCGAAGCUCACGGUACGGGUACUGCCGCUGGUGACCCGAUUGAGACUCGGGCCGUCGGUGCCGUCUUCUCCGGCCGAGAGAAGCCACUGUACAUCGGCUCCGUCAAGACCAACAUUGGUCAUCUUGAAGGUGCGUCCGGUCUCGCUGGUUUGAUAAAGACUGUCAUGGCUUUGGAGAAGGGCCAAAUCCCUCCCAACAUGCACCUGAAGAACCCGAACCCGAAGAUCGACUUCAAGAACUGGAAGCUUGAGGUCCCCACAUCUCUACUUGAGUGGAAGCGACCUGAGGGUGGUGUCCGCCGUGCCAGUAUCAACUCUUUCGGUUACGGUGGUACCAACGCUCACGUCGUCAUUGAGGAGUACGUCAACAAUGUCUCCAUCCCCAAGGCUAUCACCAAUGGCGUAGUUGCCAACGGUGUCCACGACCGACCUUUCCUCCUUCCUUUCACUUCUCAUUCGGCUAAGGCUGGAGAGCUUUUCGAGGAGAAGUUGGCCGAGUACGUUAAGUCUGGCGAGAUCACCCUCGCUGACUUGGCCUACACCUUGGCUGUCAGGCGAAGCUUGCACCAGCACCGCUCCUUCGUUGUUGCCAACAACAACGCCAAACUUUUGGAGCAACUGCAAGUGCCUCGCCCGUCUGCUCCUUGGUCGCCAGCCGAAAGCGAGAAGCCUAGACUUGGUUUCGUCUUCACUGGUCAGGGUGCUCAAUGGCACGCUAUGGGCCGCCAGCUUAUCCAGGAGUCUCCUCUCUUCCGACAGACUCUUGAGCGCUGCGACGCUGUCCUCCAGGCUCUUCCCGACUCCCCGAGCUGGAACAUCAUCGAGGAGUUGUCCAAGUCCAAGGAGGACUCCCUUCUUGGCCAGACCAUGUACUCCCAGACCAUCUGCACUGCACUGCAGCUUGCUUUGGUUGACCUCAUGAAGACCUGGGGUAUCACUCCCAGCGGUGUCGUUGGUCACUCUUCUGGUGAGAUGGGUGCUGCUUACGCUGCUGGUAUCCUCUCCUUCGAGAACGCCAUGGUUGCUGCCUACUACCGUGGUCUCUACAUGUCUGCCCCCAACGAGGGUGGUGUUCCCGGUGCUAUGAUGGCUGUUGGUAUGACCGAGCUCAAGGCUAUUGACGAGCUCAAGCCUUACAAGGGCCGCAUCACCAUUGCUGCCGUCAACAGUCCUGGUACCAUCACUGUUUCUGGUGACGAGGAUGCCAUCGUUGAGUUGAGGGACAACCUCAACGAGCGAAAGGUCUUCGCUCGUCAACUCCAGGUCAAGCAGGCUUUCCACUCUCACCACAUGUACCCUCUUGCCCCUGCUUAUGAGAACGCCCUCAAGUCGCGCAAGGAGUUCGUCACUCAACAACCAACUUGCCGCAUGUUCUCUUCCGUCACUGCCCGUCUUGCCGACCCCGCUGGCAUGCAGGCUAAGUACUGGGCUACCAACAUGACCAACGUUGUCCGCUUCUCCGAUGCCUUGACUGGUAUUCUCUUGGACGAGUACGACAACAAGAACAUCGAUGUUCUCGUUGAGAUUGGACCCCACCCCGCUCUCAAGGGUCCUUCUCGCCAGAUUGCCCAGUCUCUCAAGCUGGACAUUCCUUACAUCUCUUCUCUCACUCGUGGUGUUCCUGACUUCGAGGGUCUGCUCACCAUGGCUGGUCAGCUCUUCUCUCUUGGCUACCCCGUCGACCUGGCUGCUGCCAACAAGAACAUCAGCCUCAGCCAGUCCGGUGAGGUCAUCAAGUCCGAGACCGGUAACAAGCUCUCCAACUUCCCCACUUACACCUGGGACCACAAGCGAUACUGGUCUGAGACCCGUGUCAUCAAGGAGCACCGACAGCGCCGCUUCCGCCACUCUGUUCUCGGUCACAUCCAGCCCGGCUCCGUCGAGCGCUACCCGAGAUGGCGCAACUACCUCCGCCUGUCCGAGAUUCCUUGGCUAUUGGAGCACGUUGUUGAUGGCAAGGUCCUGUUCCCUGGUGCGGGUUACAUGUCCAUGGCUGUCGAAGCUGCUGUCCGCCUUCAAGAGGGUGAGAUCAGCGCUAUCGCCCUUCGGGAGAUCUCCAUCAAGGCUCCUCUUGUCAUCCCCGAUGACGAGGGUGGCAUUGAGGUGAUCCUCGAGCUUCGCCCGGUCACCACCUCGGCUAAGAGCAAGUCCGACACCUGGUACGAAUUCACCAUCUUCUCCUUCGACAACACUGGUUUCUGCCAGGAGCACUGCUCUGGUGGCGUUUCCGUCUCUACUGGUGCCCCCGCCAGCCUUGAGUCGCUCGUCUACAAGACCAACAUUGAUGACCUCCGCAAGAGCACCAACCGCUCCGUCCCAGUCAAGACUUUCUACCGCCACCUUGCCAGCAUUGGUCUAGAGUAUGGUGAGAACUUCCGUCUCCUUGACGACACCAUUGAGAGUGGUAACGGUUUCUCUCUGUCGCCUCUGCGCUUUAACCCCAAGGCGCUCCCCUCAGAGGCUGCUGAUGCCACCAUUGUCCACCCCUCGCUCCUUGACGCGUCUUUCCACGUUGUCUUCAAUGCCAUUGAGUCUAUCCUUGGAAGGCCCCUUGACGAACCCCUGGUUCCUACUUUCAUUCGCUCGCUGAGAUUCUCUGGUCUCUUCAGCGCCAUCAAGUCCCAGGAUGAGCAGCGAUACCAGAUCUGCUCCAUGACAAAGCUACCCUCUCCCCGUGUCGCUAUCAGCGACUUGUUCCUCCAGGGUGCUGCCGGUAACUUGAUGAUGGAGAUCCAGGGUCUUGAGGUUACUUCUCUUGGUCGUGAGAUGCCCGAGGGCUACGGCAACCGUGCUCUCUUCUACCGCCAGAAGUGGCUACCUGCCUUCGACCUUCUCUCUGAUGACAAGGCUCUUGACCAGCGCUCUCUCUCUGAAGUUGCUGAGAUCUUCGCUCACCAGUACCCCAACAGCAAGAUCCUCCACCUCGCUUCUAGUGCCGACAAGACCAAGGAGAUUGCUCUCCGCCUCGGUGCCAGCAAGGGUCAACGCCGUAAGUUCCAGCGCCUCGACGUUCACGUCGCUGGUGCUUCUGAGGAAGCCCUUGCUGAGCUUAACCAGCUAGCUGAGGACUCCAACGGACUUGUCAAGGUUGUCGAGCCCCAGAACGAGACCUACGACCUCGUUAUCGUCAGCGCUGAUGGUGCUGCUGACUUCAAGUCUUUCGUUGCUGAGAAGGGCAGUGUCAUCUUCGAGGGUGCUAAGGCCCCCAUUGCCAUUGCUGACUACCGCAAGCUGUUCUCUGGCUCUCAGCUAACUGCUUACCGCAAGGGUGCUCAGGAGAAGACCACCUACAGCGAUGAGCUGACGGUUGUCCUUCCCGCUGCUCCUUCCCAGCGUGUCCAGGCCAUCUUCGAGGCUGUCAAGAAGGUCUACACUGCUCCCAUCAAGACCACCACUCUCAAGGCUGUUGCUGGUGACUACGACCUCAGCACCCCGGGAUCCAUGCUUGUCCUUGCCACCAUUGACGAGCAGGUUACCGACGAUGCUGUCUUCACCUACGUCCAGAAGCUCCUCCUCAACGCUAAGAAGGACCUUGUAUGGCUCUUGGAGGGUGCCACUUACGAGUGCGCCCGCCCUGAGCAAGCCAUGGUUCUCGGUCUUAUCCGAACUGCCAGGAGUGAGAACGACCAAUUGAAGGUUGACACUGUUGAUGUUGGCGAGAACUCGCCUGCUGAGACUGUGGCUGCCACCAUUGACCGCGUCUUUGCUGCUGGUCUUGACGAGGAUGAGACUACUGAGCGUGACGGACUUGUCUACCUCCCCAAGAUUGAGGCUGAUGACUCUCGCAACCGCAAGCUCCACAACGGUCCUAGCCAAGAGCCCGUCCUUGAGCCCUUCGGUGAGAAGCGCCCUCUUGCUCUUACCAUUGGUAAGGUUGGUCUUCUUGAGACUCUCCACUUCAUUGAGGACGAGGAGAUCGUCGACACUGCUCUUGCUGCCGAUGAGAUCGAGAUCGAAGUCAAGGCUUCUGCCAUCAACUUCCGUGAUAUCGCUGUUUCUAUGGGUAUCAUUGACGACUACAAGCUUGGUGACGAAUGCUCUGGUUUCGUUACCCAGGUUGGUAGCUCAGUUGACAACUUCAAGGUUGGUGACCGUGUCGUUGCUUGGCGACCUGGUCAGGGUGCUCACCGCGCCCUUGUCCGCAACCCGGCUUCUCUCUGCUACAAGCUCCAGGGAGACAUGCCUUUCGCCGAUGCCGCCGCUCUGCCUUUGAUCUUGACCACUGCCUACUACGCUCUCAUCGACACUGCCAGAAUCCAGGCUGGUGAGACCAUCCUCAUCCACUCCGCCGCUGGUGGUGUCGGUCAGAUGGCUGUCCAAAUUGCCCAGCGUGCUGGUGCUCGUGUCCUCGUCACUGUCGGUUCCCCGGCUAAGCGUGAGGUCAUGCGUCGUGUCUACGGCAUUCCUGAGGAGGACAUGUUCAGCUCUCGUGACGACUCUUUCGUCAAGGGUGUCAUGAAGGCCACUGACAACAAGGGUGUCGAUGUCGUCCUCAACUCUUUGGCUGGUCCCCUCCUACACGCCACCUGGAGCGUCGUCAACGCUUUCGGUCGAUUCAUUGAGAUCGGUAAGCGUGAUAUCCACGAAAGCACCAGAAUCACCAUGGAGCCUUUCCGCAAGAACGUCAUGUUCGCUUCCGUCGACUUGAUCACCAUGUUCGAGAAGAACAAGCGCCUCGGUGCUCGUGUCUUCAAGGAGUGCUGCGACCUCGUCCACAACGGCGAGAUCAAACCCCCUGCAGAGAUCGCUACGGUGUCUUACGCCGAUGCCGUCAAGGGCUUCCGUCUUUUGCAGAUGGGUAAGCACGUCGGAAAGGUUGUCCUUGUCCCCAGCAAGGAUGACAUCGUCCCCGUCCUCCCUGGUCGAUUCCGCAACACUGGUCUCUUUGACGAGUCCAAGACCUACCUCCUUGUUGGUGGUCUAGGUGGUCUUGGUCGUGUCCUUUCCCAGUGGAUGAUCCGCAAGGGAGCCAGGAAGCUGGCUUUCUUGUCCCGAUCUGGUGCUGACAAGCCUGAAGCCAAGGCUACUGUUGACUGGCUCCAGGAGCGUGGCAUCAAGGUUGACGUCUACAGUGGAGACGUAUCUAAGCUUGCUGAUGUCCAGGCUUGCGUCAACGGCAUUGGAUCCAGCCUUGCUGGUAUCUUCCACGCCGCCAUGGUGCUCCAGGAUACUCCUUUGGAGACCAUGACUGUCAAGAACUGGCAGCGCAGCAUCCAGCCCAAGGUUAACGGUGCCACCAACUUGCACCAGGCUACUCUCGGCCAGCCUUUGGACUUCUUCGUCUGCUUCUCCUCCGUUGCCGCCAUCCUUGGUUCCAAGGCCCAGGCUAACUACUCCGCCGGUAACUCCUUCUUGGACGCUCUCAUGCGCAACCGUCGCGAGCAGGGUCUUGCCGGUACCACUAUGAACGUCGGUGCCGUGUCAAACAUUGGUGUCAUUGCUGACAGCCUUGACCUCCAGAAGGCUAUGGAGCGUCUUGGUAUGGACUUGAUCAACGAGCAGGAACUCCUGUACCAGCUUGAGGAAGCUGUCAAGUCUACCUCCUCCCCCAAGACCUUCAACGGACUUGACGAGCACCAGAUCAUCACUGGUGUCGGUCUAAUCCGCCCUGAUGUAUACUGGAGCUCCAAGCCCCUCCUCAGGAACUUGUACAUCAACCACGACUUCGGUUCCCGAGGCGAGGACACCAACAAGAAGUCCCUCCUUGCUACUCUCGGUGAGGAAUCUGACCCUGAGCAGAAGGAUGCUAUCCUCUUGGAGGCCUUCAUCGACAAGAUCGCCAAGGUUUUGGCCACUCCUCGUGACUCCAUCCUUGCCAACAACACCCUUUCUUCUUACGGUCUAGACUCCAUCGUGGCUGUUGAGUUCCGAAAGUGGUUCCGAAAGGAGAUCCAGGUCGACAUUGCGCUGUUCGAUAUCCUCAGCUCGCAAUCGAUCCGUGCUCUUGUUUCUAAGGCUGCGAAGCUCAUCCCCGCAGCUACCGCAGCUGCUCCCCAGGCUGCUGACAAGCCUGCCCAGGAAGCUGCCGAGAAGAAGACCACUGAAGGCGAGGCUGAGGUCACCGAGGUCAAGAAGAACGAAAUCACCAAGGUUACCAACGCCGAUGUCGUUCCUCUCUCCACCUACCAAUCCCGACUUUGGUUCUUGCACUCCUUCUUGGAGGACAAGUCCAACCUCAACCUCCCGGUUGUCAUGCGCAUCACUGGUACUCCCGACCGUGACGCUCUCCGCCGCACCAUUCUUGAGCUCAGCAUGCGCAACGGUGCCCUCCGAACUGCUUACUUCGAGGGUGACGACUUCACUCAGCAGAAGCCUGUUGAGGACUUUGACCUUGACGUCUCUCUCCGAGACUUCUCCACUGCUGCUGAUCCUGAGGAGUCUCUCAAGCAGUACCUUGCUCACUACCGACAGAUUGAGCUUGACAUUGAGAAUGGUGAGGUCGCUACCUGGUCAUUGGUCAAGCUUGGUGAGGAGCAAUACGUCUUCAUUUGCAUGAUGCACCACAUCUCCGUCGACCGUGGUUGCUUCAAGCUCCUCAUGAACCAAAUUGUCAUGAUCUACGAUGCUCUCCGUGCCGACAAGGACCUUGCUACCAUCCCCAAGCCGGAGCUCAGCUACAUCGACUUCACUCUCUGGCACAACGCCUACCUCCAGUCUGAGGAGAUGGAGGUACACAAGGCUUGGUGGAAGUCCACCCUUGCCGGUAUCCCCGAUGCCAGCAAGACCUUGCCAUUCGCCAAGGGUGAGCGCCCUGCCCAGGGUGACCCGAGCCGUGCCGACCUCAAGACCAACCUGGAUGCUAAGCUCUUCGCCCGUAUGAAGCGUCUCGCUACCCAGGUCGGCGGUACUCCUUACCACUUCAUCCUCGCCGCCUUCCGUGCCUUCCUUUACAGGUACACUCAAGACUCUGACCUCGUCAUGUUGGUCAUUGAUGGUAACCGACCCCACCCCGACGCUGAGGAUAUUGCUGGUUUCUUCGUCAACAUGUGCCCUGUCCGUUGCCAGGACGAGUGCGACGAAUCCUUCGACGAACUUUUGAGGAAGACCAAGGAGAGGGCUUUGGAGGCUAUGUCUCACAACGCCAUCCCCUUCGAUGCCAUUGUCGACCUCAUGCAAGUCAAGAAGACCCCGGCCUACUCUCCUAUUGGUCAGGUCGUCGUCAACUACCAGAUUCACGGACCCGCUCCUCAGUACAAGACUUCCGACUUCACUGUUGAGUCCAUUACCAUGGACGACAUCCCGUCUUCGUGCGACUUGAGCCUCGAGGCUCUUGAGACUGCCGAACACAGUCUCGACAUCAGAAUUGAGUAUGCUACUGCUUUGUACAGCAAGGAGGAUAUGGAACGAUUCAUCGACAACUUCUUGACGUUCUUGAGCAGCUCUAUCAAGGACCGUCAUCAACCCAUUCAGGAAAUUGAGAUUAGUGGACCCCUUGAGCUCCAGAGGUUGGAGAAGGGCUACUGGAACACCGGGUUCGUGGAGCCCCUUUGGAAGGACCAAUCGGUCGUGGAUAGGAUCAUGGCUAACUCUCGGAGCCAGCCUCAAGCCACAGCAAUUGUAACCUCCGACGGUAAUAGUAUAUCCUAUGGGCAGCUGGCGCAAAACUCACUUUCCAUCGCGUCAGCACUUCAGGCCGCUGGAGUUAAGGGUGGUGACAAGGUUGCCCUCUUAGCUCAGCCUGGUGUCGAAGCAGUAACGGGGAUGCUAGGCACCCUCCUUACUUGCAACGGCUAUGUAGCCCUAGAUACCGAUUUCGCGCACGACCGUCUUUCGUUUAUGAUCACCGACUCUGGCUCGAAGGUUUUGCUUGCUGGACCAGGCACCGACUCUCUUGCGAAGGAGCUUGUUUCCAAGAGCUCCAUCACCGUCAUCAGCAUUGAAGACGCUAUCAAGAAGAGUGAAAAGCCCCAAGCCUUCAACCCCAGGAAGUCGGAUGAUCCGUUCUACAUGAUUUACACAUCUGGAAGCACCGGCACUCCAAAGGGUGUCGUCCUCAAGGAGUCUAACACUUAUCAGAUGCUUGCAACUUUGCACAAGGAUUAUGCCUUUACCAACCAAGACCGUUUCCUACAUCAAUCUUCCAUGUCUUUUGAUCUCUCCAUCGUCCAGAUCUUCUCUGGUCUUACUGCCGGUGGUCGUGUCUGCAUCGCCGCGUUGGACGCCCGCAAGGACCCCACUGCCCUCGCCGAGUUCAUGCGCAAGGAACAGGUUACUGUGACUUACUUCACUCCCACUCAAUAUGCCCUGCUCAUCGAAAGCAACUCUGAAGCCCUCAAGAAGUGCUCAACCUACAGAGUUGCCUACUUCGCUGGUGAGCGACUACCUGUCCGUGUCGCUAAGGCUUUCUACGACCUCGGAACUCCCGCCACUCUCUACAACACCUGGUCGCCUAGUGAAGUCGUCGUCCAAACCACCAUCGCCAAGAUCGACUACCCUGAGGAGAACGCUGUCAGCCUUCCCAUCGGUUACCCCAUGGACAACUGCCGCCACUACAUCCUCGACAACCAGUGCAACCCUCUCCCUCUCGGCUUCAUCGGUGAGCUCGUCGUCGGUGGUGCCCAAGUUGGUGCCGGAUACUUGAACCGACCUGAGGAGAACGCCAAGUCAUUUGUCGAAGACCCCUGGGCAUCUGAGGAAGACCGUAAGCGUGGCUGGACUAGAAUGUUCCGAACCGGUGACCGUGGUGCCUUCCGCCCUGACGGACAGCUUGAAUUCCACGGCCGUAUCGCUGGUGACAAGCAAAUCAAGCUCCGUGGUUUCCGUGUCGAUCUCGGUGAAGUCGAGCAGCGAAUCUACCAAACCUCAAAGACUAUCCGAGGUGGACUCGUUGAUAUCUCCGUCGUCGCCCGCCCUCGUGAAGGUGACCCGGAUGAUCUCCAGCUCGUUGCCUUCCUAGUCCCCGCUAAGAACCUUGACAAGAAGGAGCAGAGUGCCUUUGUUACUGAAGUCCACGCUGCUAUUGCUCCCCACCUAAACCACUACAUGCUUCCCAACGGUUACCAGUUCCUUGAGAAGCUCCCUGUCACCAUUGGUGGCAAGGUGGAUCGACGCAACCUACUCAGCCGUGACCUCGACCUUGUCCAGCCUUCAUCUGAGGAAGAAUCCGCAGCCCCCGCCAGCGAUGUCAGCGAAUUCGAGAAGUCCGUCUUGGAACUCUUCCAGGGAACUGUCGGCGCUAAGCGAUACACCCAGCUCACUGACAACUUCUUCGAGAAGGGUGGUACCUCUAUCCUCCUCGUCCGUCUCCAGGCUAAGCUCCGCCGCAAGUUCAAGGUUGCCCCCACUCUCGCCGACCUGAUCAAGGAACCCACUGCUGCUUCCGUUAGCAAGUUCAUUGAGAGCAGUCUUGGAAAGAGUGCCAAUGGUGGUGCUGGCUCAUCUGCCUCCACUAUUGACUGGGCUGCUGAGAUCAAGCUUCCUACUGGUGGUGGUUUCAUCCCUGGCUUCGGUACUCCUCGUGUCAGCCGAAGCGAUGUCUCUGCUAUCCUCGUUGCCGGUUCUGAGUCUCUUGUCGGUGGUCACCUCUUGGCUAAGCUCCUUGAGACCAAGCCUAACGCUAAGUUCUACGUCGUCGGCUCCUCCAAGAUCAUUGACAUCGAGACCAUUGUCGACACCUUCGCUAAGUACAAUCUCCUCAAUGACCGCAUGAGCGAAUCCGAUGUCCGCGAGAAGAUCACUUCCAUCCAAGGUACUCUGUCGCAGCCCGGUUUCGGUCUCAGCAAGGCUGGCUUCCGACAGCUUGGUCAGGCCGUUCAAUCCAUCUACUACUGUGGUGGUGACGUCUCUCUCCUCAAGACCUACUCAUUCUUGAAGACUUCUAACGUCUCACCCAUCUUCGACCUGAUCCGCCUUGCUGGUACUGGUGACUAUCUCUCUGAGAUUCACUACCUCUCUACCUGGAGUACCGCUCACUUGCAGAGCUGGAAGUCCACCAAGCGCACUAAGAAGGAAGUGACCAUUACUGAAGAGGAGCUAACUCACUUCACUCCUCCCGCUGAGGAUGAAUUCGGUUACUUCAAGACCCGAUGGGUGGCGGAGAACCUUCUCUUCCAGGCCGCCUCUCGUGGCUUCCCAGUUACCAUCACUCGUGCCCCUGCCAUUGCUACUUCUCUAUCUGCCCACUACGCCGGUGCCAACGCCAGUCUGGAUGAAUUCACCAUCCACAUGGUCCUCAGCAUGGUGGAAACCGGUGUCGUCCCACAAGUCGACUCGGCUUCCAUGCCUCCCUUCGCUGUCGAUGUCGUACCUGUUGACUACCUCGUCUCAGCCUUGGCUGCCUUGACGAGCGACUCUACCAGCGAGCCUGAGAGCGGCAAGGCCCAGAUCUUCCACUUGAGUAACCCUCAACCCCUCAAGCUCAAGGACCUACCGGGCAUGAUCCCUCAGAUCCGACCGGAUGUCAAGGAAGCAUCUAUCAUCACACUCGAGGAGUGGCUCAAGAGAAUGGAGGGUGCCAAGGGUGUCGAAGAUGCCGCAGCGGCAACUGUCCGAUCAAGCGUCCUGAAGGAGUACUUCGAACGCGGACACGUCAUGUUCUCGCUUGACCGAAGUCAGACGAAGCAGAUCCUGGACAAGGUAGCGCCUGAACUAGAGGCCACCUGCCCAGCUAUAGACGUGGAGUUCUUAACUACCAUGUGGAAGAUGAUCUAAGGAAACGGAUCAAAAACAAUUGAAAAUAAUGUAUAAAAAUAAAACAAAAAAAGGAAUGUAAUGGAAAAAGGAAAAGGGAAUGAAAAUAGAGCAGGCA